AUGUCUUCGAGCUCGACUGCAUCGCCCCAGAUGCAGCCGCGGCAACGGCCGAGCAGUGGCACGAGCCUGCAGGGCGACUUCCGCGUUGAGGUGUUAGGCAGCCAAGAGUCGCUGGACUUGGACUGCGGCAAGUUCUACACGGAAUACAUUCUGCGCUGCUCGUGGAUUGAGCGCAAUGGGACGCCAGAGAUUUGGGACGUCGUGCGGCGCUAUCGCGAGUUCUGUGCGAUCGACAUACUGCUACGCGAGAAAUAUCCGUCUCGAGCGCCCAUGUUUCCAUUCCUGCCGAGCAAGAAGUACAUCGGCUCGUCCCUCUCGGCCGAUUUUGUGGACAAACGGCAGCGCGACCUCGGCUACUACAUGAUGUCGAUUCUGCACAGCUGCCCGCUGCUCGUGCAGGACGAGAUCAUCGACUCGUUCCUGGACAUCAAGCGGCACAUUCUGGAGCGCGCUCGCGAGGAAAGCCUGGAGCAGCGCUCCAACUCGACUCCCACGCACGCUGGCACGAGCAGCAACGGCGGCAUCAGCCCCCUGCGACUGCAACUAUAA